UCAGUUCCACAGCAAGUCCACAACACAAACAAUUAAUUAUACAACAUGGCCGCUAAUUGUUUAAUUAAAUUAUUUUUUAGUUUUUUUGUAAUUAUUCAUAGUACACAUGGUGCUAGUAUUGAUUCUCCUGUGUUUGGGUAUCAUAUGAGGAUCGGAGUGCCUCAGGCCACGAGGAUAGCUACUCUGGAGUCCAUGAGGAUUGUCGGGGGCAGUGCCGUCAGUGCAGCUACUGCUAUUCCUCAUCAGGUGGGCAUCGUAGCAAGACUGACAACGGGUCACCAGUCAGUAUGUGGAGGCAGUCUCAUUUCCACCACCAGAGUCCUAACAGCAGCCCACUGUUGGUUCGACGGAGAAGUGCAAGCGAGACAGUUCACCAUCGUUCUUGGCUCCCUUACUAUCUUCACAGGAGGGACAAGGAUAGACACAACUGCUGUGACCAUGCAUCCUUCCUGGAACUACUUACGUAAUGACCUUGCUAUGGUCAGGAUUUCUGCCGUGAAAUUGAGUAAUACAAUUCAAGUGAUCCCACUACCCACGACAGCUGAUGUGAACCAGAACUUUGCUGGAUCAACAGGGGUCAUUUCUGGAUUCGGGAAAACGAGUGAUGCUCAAACCUCGUUCCCUGCCACCACGGCUCUGCACCAGACAUCAGUGCCCAUCAUCACAAACGCUGUUUGCCAGAGGAGUUUCCAGAUCACCAUAGACGGCAGCCAUCUUUGCACUGGUGGUACUGGGGGUAAAGGCACCUGUGAUGGUGACUCUGGUGGUCCACUCACUGUGCUGCAUAAUAAUAAGAGGAUCUUGGUCGGUGUGGUUUCCUUCGGCCCUAGCGAGGGUUGUCAGGCCAGUUCUCCAUCAGUUUUCUCCAGGGUAACCUCAUUCCUCACAUGGAUCAACAAUAACCUUAAGUAGAUUUAAAUGUUAUACUCUCUCUUUCUUUCUCUCUCUCACUCUGACUGUGUACUCUGACUCUGACUCUGACUUUAGUUUUAAUUAUGUUAUUAAAAAUAAAAAAGUAUUUUCUAACA